UAGAUUGGACGUCUUUAUUUCCAUCUAUCUUGCUAUCGCAUCUUAAAAAUUAAAGAGCCAGACCCAACCCAAGAUUCUUUGAAUCCCCAAAACUCUCUGAAAACCAAUAUCUCUGAAAACCAAUAACUCUUUGAAAAACUUGACUGAGAAGCUUAAAAACUUGAACAUCAAACCCAGGUGAGAACAGCCAAAUACAGAUUCAGAAAGAGUGAAGGAGAAAUUUCCAGAUUUCACUACGUUGGAAUACCAACUGUUAAAGUACACAGUAAUUUUUUGAAAUUAACCUAACUUUGCAUUAUUUCAUUUAUUGUUGUCCUGUUGUAUAUAAAAUAUUUCUGUGUAUCUGAUUGCAUAAAAGGCAUUAUCUUUGUGAUCUAAUACAAGUAUCAGUAAAUAUCAAUAUUUCUAUCCAUUACUCACAAGUAUUUGCUUGAUUGCCAGUGUUGAAACAUCACCAUGCCAAGAAAAGGAAAGAGGAGUGAAUCUCAGAAACAGCGCAGAAAGCUAGAAGCUUCAUGUGGCACCAGUAGCGGUACCAACUCUGUAUCAGGUAUGAAUGAUCCAAACCCGUAUGUUCUGUCUGUUGCAGCAUCCCACUGUCAAAGCGAUCCUAGGUACAGCCUUAACUCCAGAGGCCGCCAGUGUACUUGCAAUUCCUUAAUGUUUCUAGCUGUACAUAAUGAACAUAACGAGCUACACACUUUCGGUUUAGAUCGCAUUUUGCAGAAAGGUGAUGCACUUUACACUACUGUCAGAAAAACCCUGCUGCGCAAAAAAAGAUUUGUGAGUAAUUUUUUAAAUUUUGACGAACUACCAAACACAAUUAAGACAGACUCAGACUGGUACAGCAUCCUGAAACAUCCUCAGAGGUUUGGAUUUCUAAAAGAUUUACCUGCUGUAGGCGAGUAUGAAAAUCUUGAGAGUACUCUGCAAUGUCUCAGAGCUGAUGUAACUGAUGCGCUAUUAUUGUGCAAGGACUCGUGUAUCGCUGUAUUCAGAGAUUGUUCAGGGAGGUUUGGUUACUUUGAUUCUCACUGCAGAACAACAGAUGGCUUGUUUACUGAUGAAAGCACAGGAACGGCCGUGAUGCUAACCUUUUUCCAUUUAGAAGACAUGGUAGAGAGGCUGCUACUGAUGUUUCAAUGGUGUUUCCAAGCAAGAGAUGACCAACAGUUUGAUCUGCUGCCAGUAUCAUUCAUAAAAAGAACAACUGCAAGCAGUGUAUGUUCUGAAGUCUCCCUGAACUGCUGUGAGCUUGAACGUGAUGUGCAACCAUCCGUUUCUUUUGAGAACAAAGCUCUGUCAAACAAAGAACAAUGCAGGUCUUCUGAUGUCUCACAACAGUAUGUUCAAGUACUAGAUCCAGUUCAACAACCAUCCGAGACUACCAUGAUUGGAGCUACAUCAACUAAUGAACAAGCACACUUGAUUUAUCAAGAUAAAAUGGAAGUUCACCAAUAUUCACAAUCGACAACAGCAACUAUACGUCCUGAAGUCUCCCUGAACUGCUGUGAGCUUGAACGUCAUGUGCCACAGUCCGUCUCUUUUGAGAACAAUGCUCUGUCAAACAAAGAACAAUGCAGGUCUUCUGAUGUCUCACAACAGUAUGUUCAAGUACUAGAUCCAGUUCAACAACCACCUGAGACUACCUUUAACAGAGCCACGUCAACUAAUGAACAAGCCCACUUGACUUAUAAAGAUAAAAUGGAAGUUCUAACUACUGUCACUCAGAAUCAAGACUCAGAAUCAGUACCAUUCAGUGAACUUUCUCAUGGCAUGCUAUCACAGGAUCAAUUGACAUUGUCAGCUCCAAAGCACCAAUAUUCACAAUCGACAAUCAAGCAGAGAGAAAAACUGAACAAGACUCGAAAGCGAAAGGCUUACUGUAAAAAAUGGCAGAAAGAAAUGGUUCGGAGACAAGGUGUAUUUGACAAAAAACAGGCUAUAUGUAACAUCUAUGAUUAUAAAACUAGUAGUGAAUACAGGCAAAAACAUAACCAAGCCAUGAAGAACGACUAUUGGAAAAAUAUAUUUUACAGGGAAAAACACAAACAAGCAAUGAAAAACAAAUAUAAAAAUUUCAAUGAAUACCGAGAGAAAAAAGAGUAAAAUAACCUUAAAUUACCGGAAUGACAAACAAUUUAGAGAGCGACAAAAGAAUUAUAUAAUUAAAAA